CAGCACGCACCCCGGCCGCCAAGGGCAGCAGCUUUUCCAGGAUUUGGCCGGCAGGCCCAGUCACCCCACCUCGCCACCUUACCACUCCACCUCGGAGGCCAGCCCUGUCCACUCCACUCUGUGCCUGGCUUCUCUUGCCUGCCUUGGGCCUUCGUGUGGCCCCUCCACGGUGUCUGGGACUGAGUGCCCCUCCUGCCUCCUGAAGAGUAGCCAUGGCCACCUACAAAGUCAGGGUGGCCACAGGCACCGACCUCUUGUCGGGAACACUGGACUCCAUCUCACUGACCAUUGUGGGGACGCAAGGAGAGAGCCAUAAGCAGCUGCUGAACCACUUUGGAAGAGACUUUGCAACUGGGGCAGUGGACCAGUACACCGUGCAGUGCCCGCAGGACCUGGGAGAGCUCCUCAUCAUCCGCCUGCACAAAGAGCGCUACUCCUUCUUCCCCAAGGACCCUUGGUACUGCAACUACGUGCAGAUCUGUGCGCCCAACGGCCAUAUCUACCACUUCCCCGCCUACCAGUGGAUGGAUGGCUACGAGACCCUGGCACUCCGGGAGGCCACAGGAAAGACAACAGCAGACGACUCGCUCCCUGUCCUCCUGGAGCACAGAAGAGAGGAGAUCAGAGCCAAGCAGGACUUCUACCACUGGCGAGUCUUUCUUCCUGGCUUACCCAACUAUGUGCACAUUCCCAGUUACCGCCCUCCGGUCCGGAGGCAUCGCAACCCCAACCGGCCUGAGUGGAAUGGCUAUAUUCCGGGAUUCCCAAUUCUCAUCAACUUUAAGGCCACCAAGUUCCUGAACUUAAAUCUCCGCUACUCCUUCCUCAAGACAGCCUCCUUCUUCGUCCGCCUGGGGCCCAUGGCACUGGCUUUCAAAGUCCGCGGCCUGUUGGACUGCAAACAUUCGUGGAAGAGGCUGAAGGACAUUAGGAAAAUUUUCCCUGGCAAGAAAUCUGUCGUCUCCGAGUACGUGGCCGAGCACUGGGCAGAGGACACCUUCUUUGGGUACCAGUACCUCAACGGCGUCAACCCCGGCCUGAUUCGCCGCUGCACGCGGAUCCCAGACAAGUUCCCCGUCACAGACGACAUGGUGGCUCCGUUCCUGGGCGAGGGAACGUGCUUGCAAGCGGAGCUGGAGGUGAGGCCCGCUCCGGCGGAGACCCCGGCCCCCUUUCUGGCCUCCCUCGCGGGCAUCCCCCCCCUCCCCACCUGCGGCGCCCGCGCCAGUCCCAGCCCCGCCCGCACCCCGCGUCCCUGUCCCCGUCCCACCCCUGCCCCUGGUCGCCAGCGCCUUCUGCACCUGCGGCUCGGGUCACGGGCGCCCCGUAUGGGCGCCUACUUGCCACCCAUCGCGGCUCCCCUCCAGAAGGGGAACAUUUACCUAGCCGACUACCGCAUCAUGGAGGGCAUCCCCACCGUCGAGCUCAGCGGCCGGAUGCAGCACCACUGCGCCCCACUCUGCCUGCUGCACUUCGGACCGGAGGGCAAGAUGAUGCCCAUCGCCAUCCAGCUCAGCCAGACCCCCGGGCCGGAUUGCCCCAUCUUCCUGCCCAGUGAUUCUGAGUGGGACUGGCUGCUAGCCAAGACGUGGGUGCGCUAUGCGGAGUUCUACAGCCACGAGGCCAUCUCCCACCUGCUGGAGACUCACCUUAUUGCUGAGGCCUUCUGCCUGGCCUUGCUGAGGAACCUGCCCAUGUGCCACCCCCUCUACAAGCUCCUCAUCCCCCACACCCGAUACACCGUCCAGAUCAACAGCAUCGGCCGGGCCGUUCUUCUCAACGAGGGGGGGCUCUCCGCCAAGGGCAUGUCCCUGGGCGUGGAGGGCUUUGCUGAGGUGAUGGUACGGGCUCUGUCGGAGCUCACCUAUGACAGCCUCUACCUCCCCAAUGACUUUGUGGAGCGUGGGGUCCAGGACUUGCCUGGAUAUUAUUACCGCGAUGACAGCUUGGCGGUGUGGAAUGCACUGGAGAGGUACGUGACGGAGAUCAUCACCUAUUAUUAUCCAAGUGACGCAGCCGUGGAGGGUGACCCAGAAUUGCAGUCCUGGGUGCAGGAGAUAUUUAAAGAGUGUCUCCUAGGGCGGGAGAGCUCAGGUUUCCCCAGGUGCUUGCGAACCGUGCCUGAGCUGAUCCGAUAUGUCACCAUAGUAAUCUUCACCUGCUCUGCCAAGCACGCUGCUGUCAACACAGGCCAGAUGGAGUUCACCGCCUGGAUGCCCAACUUCCCAGCGUCCAUGAGGAAUCCACCGAUUCAGGCUAAGGGGCUGACCACUCUGGAGACCUUCAUGGACACGUUGCCGGAUGUGAAGACCACGUGCAUCACGCUGCUGGUGCUCUGGACCCUCAGCCGUGAGCCUGACGACAGGCGGCCCCUGGGACACUUCCCGGACAUUCACUUCGUGGAGGAGGCCCCGCGGAGGAGCAUAGAGGCGUUCCGCCAGCGCCUGAACCAGAUCUCACACGACAUCCGCCAGCGCAACAAGUGCCUCCCCAUCCCCUACUACUACCUGGACCCGGCGCUGAUUGAGAACAGCAUUUCUAUUUAGGAGCGCCCUUCCCCUCUCUCCUCUCCCCAUCCUGUGCCCUCCUAUUUUCAAAAAACAAAACACAAAAACCUCAAAAACCAAAAACCAACCAACCAAAAAACCUUCCUUUC